UCAAUUUAAAGCUGACCACUCUCUCCACCAUCUCCUUGUUGAUAUACAAUGGUGUAUGUACAUCCUGUUUCCUCCUGGAAUCAAUAAUAAGUUAUUUUGUUUUUCUUGAUCUUCAGGGCCAGAUUGUUCUUCAUGCACCAAACCAUCAACCUCUUUAUCUCCUCUCUGUAGGCAUACUCAUUGCCUCUGGUGAUCAACCCCACGACAGUCGUAUCAUCCGCAAAUUUGAUAACAGUGUUGAUUUUAUACGAUGGUAUUAUGUCGUGCAUACAGAGAAUAGAGAAAUGGGCUUAGCACACAUCCAUGUGGGACUCCUGUGUUGAUUGUCAAAAUUGAGUUUUUAAAUGGAUCAGCAAUUAAAACGAGCUAGCAUCAUCUUUCUUCAGUUUUCAUGUAAAUUAAAUUAUAUUUGUAUGGUUAAUAUUAAUGUAACUGUGAGCAAAUUAAGGUUUAACAAAAGGUAAUUUGGCCUGCACAAGGGGACAUUUUCUGAUCUGGCCUUCAACCUAAAAUGAGUAUGAACUUGAUCUUGAUUUCUUUUUCCAGGUGUUAUGAAGCAUGAUCAUAAAAUUAAGCAAUUCAUGAAAUACCUCAAAAUGAAACACAAAGCAUUUCCUGCAAUCGAGGAACUGAUCCAGGAGCAGAUGUCUUAUAUAUUAAGGACUGCUUACCGCAAAAUAGGCAUUAAUGCAAAAGUUUGUGAGACCUGUGCUGCAUUAGAGGAUGAUUCUGAAUGGGAAGUUAAAAUACCUUCAGAGGUCAAAGAAGAUGCAAAUAUGAAGUACAGUGUCAGCACCUCUGCAGGGCAGUAUGAAUGUUCAGAGACUGGCCUCCGCUGGCGAUCUGACACUGAUGUCAGUUUGGAGUAUCGGUUUGUUGACUGGGAAUCAUUACAUGAAGAUAUCAUGAAGAACUACAAGCCAUGUGGACCUUUGAUGGACAUCACUGUAACCUCUGGCUCUCUGGAGGAAAUUCAUCUACCUCACUUCAUCUGUUAUUCUGGAUCUUCCUCAGAUGAUGCAGUGAAAGCUCUUCAUGUAAACGGCAGCGAAGCUUCAUUGAAGAGAUGUGAACUAACCAGAUCCCAUGCCAAGCUCCUCAAUCCCACAUUCUCACUCUUGGGAAUUAUUGCACAUAUUCAGCAGUACUUCACCAUGGAAUUUCACUGUGAAACUUUGAUUUAUCGCAACAGAAUUUCUGCCCUCAACCUUCAUGUGUACCUGAUUUUAAAUGAUGAAAAACUUAAGAAGGAUGUGAAGGAGAAGGAGAAAAAAAAUAUGGAGAUUGUAAAACCAACACCAAAUAAAGCCCUUAAAAUUAACAAAUUUUACACCCUGAAGACAUCUUGUGACUCCAAAAUCAACCCUCAGGAUUUAAAACUGACACCCAGCAAGGCCAACUUCUUUGAUUUAUACAUUCAAGAUGGAAAGAAACCAAUUGAACUCUAUAUAAAGACAAAGGACAAAACAAUAUGGGAAGUUAAUAUAGAAUCAGAAGAAUUCAGCAUACACAGUCCAGUCUGUCAUCAGCCAGCAGAGACUGCACAGAAAAGGGAAAGCUGCAAAAACUGUAAAGGUGCUGAGUUUGUGGAGAAGCACAGGGCAGAGUUGAUCAAAAAGGUAUCUCUGGUGGAGCCCAUUGCAGACGACAUGAAAGAUCUGAUUGGUGAUGAAAAAUACCAAAUCAUCUUUAACUCAGUAACACCGCAAGACAGAAUGAGAAAGCUUCUGGGCUUCCUCACAACAACGAAACUGAAAGAGAAACUUUACAAAAGCCUUUUAAAACAUGAGCGCUUCCUUGUUGAAGAUUUGCAGCAUUCUCAGUAGAUGCUCCGUGUCUGUCAGUACAAUCAAUUCAAGAUGUAGGGCCUUAUGAAAUAUUUUUUUUCCGAAUUCCAUUUUCAUUUCUCCUGGAUUCAUUUUUUUUUUUGACUCCUUUUUA